GUGAUUACAGCCGUUUUACUGACUGGGUCAAGAAGCAAUCACUCAAAUUGACGUCCAGUUUGUUCGGUUAUAUUGAAGGGAAUUGACCAGUUCAAUGAGAACACCAGAAACUGUCAAAACAGACACUGAAAAGUCUAAAUCAUUCUUAUUGAAAUGCUACACUACGACAUCAAUCUCUCAGUGUGCUGGAUGAGUCAUCCUCAUACAACUUUACUGGGUUGGAUGCUGAGGAAAUCAAAAACCAGCUGACGAAAUCCAUCCGAUUGAAUAUGAAGCAACUCAAAGCGACCGAUGUACUGGCAUCAAAACAAGUAAUGCUGAUAGCAAGGUCCUUGAUGAAACUGCUGGAAACAUUUGGGGAUGGGCACAAGGGACGCUUCUUGGACUAUGUCAACAGCAGACUUGGCAUCUCCAAAUCAUCCUACUACUACUACUACAUGGAGUAUUAUGCCUUUAUGUCAAAGUAUCCGAAAUUCCAAACUCUGGCAGUGUCCUUUAGAGUGUUCAGAAGUAUGAUUCCAAAAAUCAAGGAAUGGUUUAUGUCACCAGAGUGUCAAGCUUUGGACUCUUCUGAUUUCUACUCUGAACACUACUGGAUGAAUGUUGAUGAUGAAAUGGAUGACGACGAUAUGAAUGUUUUAAACGAACACAAUUCCACUGCGGUGGAAAACCUUCGCAACAAGUAGUUCCUCGUCAGUCGAUGACUCCUUCAGACUGCAGUGAUAAUGAUAAUGCUAUCAAUGGUGAACUGACAUUGCUACUUUCU